CUCUCUCCCGAGGAAUUGAGGCAGCCAAAGCUAACUACGAGCUUGCUACCAGCCAACUAAAUGUACAGUGCAUGCAGUACAAGAGAUAUGGCAGUUCCUACAUGAAAAAGUGCGGAUUGAGCCCAGAUGCCAUUGCACAGCUGGCAAUGCAGGUGGCAUUCCAUCGAGUUACUGGCAGGGUACCAGCAGUGACUGAAACCUGUAGCACGGCCAUGUUCAAGCAGGGUUGCACAGAGUUCAUCCGAUCGGCCACAUUGGAGACCAAGAGAUGCACGGAGGCUUUCUACAAGAAAUCUGGAGUCAGCUCAGCAGAAAAGAGAGCUCUGGUCAAGGAUGGGACUAUCACCUCUUGGCCUUACGUACCCUUGCCUCAGCAACAGGCAGACCCAUUCCAGCAGUGUUCCAAGAUCCUGCCUAGGCUAACAUCAACACCAUCACCCUGUCCACAAGCACCACAGGGGUCACGCUCAGUUCAACAGGAGCAGCGUUUUACCCCUACCCCCCAAGUGGACUUGGGGUGGUCUACACUAUCUUCAGUGCAGGGCUCAAUUUGACAGCCCUGUUAACCACAUGAUUUUACUCUAAAGAGGCUUUCGUGAGGAAAAAUCGCAAAAAGCAUGCAUACCUUAAAGAGAAAUUUGCUUGGCAUACUCUCUACACAUGCGCAGCCAUGAAAACAACCAUGCCAAGCAUCCAGAGGACCACAAUGGGUCAGGGGACCACGAUGGAAAUAAGCUAUAUGUAUUUCUAGCCUUUUUGUGCCGCCCUGGAUUUAUAGAGUUCCUUUUAUUUUUGUUGCAUUAAUCUAAUUGUUUGUGUAUGAUCACUUAUCAAAUGAAAAAAAAACCACCCAUGUGAAAAAAUGCUAAUGGUUAGCAACCUGUUGUUUUCUGGGUAGCACUGUGAAAUUGGGUCCUGGGUUUUAAGUUGAAGAGGUCAAAGUGUAUGUACUGUAAACUAUAGCGAAGCACAACCACGGAAUCUUCCCUUCUUCGAAGAAGUGUGGUUCUUAAAAGAAUUGGUUGUGAAAGUGUUCUCAACGUUUAAGACAGCGUUCUCUGUGUUUUGGAGGAGUUAUUGCCACUUAAAUGCUUCCUAGUACCUAGGUGGAGAAUUACAAUUGGCUGAAAGAUGCUUGACUUUGGGAAUGCUGGACUUUAGGGUUGCUGGGCUUGAGGGAUGCUGGGUUCGAGGGAUACAAGUCUGUUAGAGUAUGCAUGUGUGUGCGCUGGUGUACGUGAGUUUGUUUCUGCAUUCAAUUAGGGACCCUGAACAAUAGAGGAUAAUAAGGUCCUCGAUUGACAACUGUGU